AUGGCAGAAGCUGCAGGAUCUGGCGCGCGUGGUGGUUUCGGUCGGGGACGUGGAGCGCCCCGAGGCAGGCGUGGACCCCGGAGGGGUGGAAAGAAGGAGGAUGAGGAGUGGGUCCCCGUCACCAAGCUCGGCCGGCUCGUAAAGGACGGCAAGAUCAAGUCGAUGGAGGAGAUCUACCUCUUCUCGCUCCCCGUCAAGGAGUUCCAGAUCAUCGACACCUUCCUCCCCACCCUCAAGGACGAGGUCAUGCAGAUCGCUCCCGUCCAGAAGCAGACCUCUGCCGGUCAGCGUACCCGUUUCAAGGCCUUCGUUGCCGUCGGUGACUUUGACGGACACGUCGGUCUCGGUGUCAAGUGCGCCAAGGAAGUCGCUACCGCCAUCCGUGGUGCCAUCAUCACCGCCAAGCUCUCCAUCGUCCCCGUCCGUCGCGGUUACUGGGGUUCCCACAUCGCUGAGCCCCACACCGUGCCCUGCAAGGUGUCCGGCAAGAACGGUUCGGUCAUGUGCCGUCUGAUCCCCGCACCCCGUGGUACCGGUAUCGUUGCCGCCCCCGCUUCCAAGCGUCUCCUCCAGAUGGCCGGUAUCCAGGACUGCUACACCCAAUCCAAGGGUUCAACUGCUACCCAGGGAAACUUCUUGAAGGCCACCGUUGCCGCUCUCGCCAAGACCUACCAGUUCCAGUCCCCCGACCUUUGGCGCAUCAUCCCCCCAGGGCAGACCCCGUACGACGAGCACGCGUCCCACCUCCGGAUCGCUGCGGCCAAGGCUGCUGCGUACUAG